AUGGCGAAGGGCGCGGGGUACUUGUCCGCGUACAACUUCGACGACCUCGAAGACUUCGCAACGAGUAUCGAGGACAUUAUGCAGGAAGAUGGGCCGAUACUCAUCGCGAUAAAGGUUCAGCCGGAGAUAGAGAACCUGCCGAUUGGGUUGCGAGAGCGUAGGGUUACGCGCAGCCGGGCAGAGACGAUAAAGGACCUGCGAGAGGAGCUUGGCAUCGGGGCGUAG